UAUGCGACGACAAACGCUGAGAGUUUACGGAAGUUAGCGGGUCUCACGUGACAGAUGGCAACACUAAGAGGUUACCGUAAUUUGCGCCAAAAUUGAAAAAUGAAGCCAAAUGUAAUUUUUCGAAGUAAGCAAUACACGUUUUCGCCAUUUUGCUUGCACGUGCUGCUGUGGGGGAAGCAAGCUCUUUUGACUAUUCUUGGAGUACUUGUUUAUCCAGAGACGGUUUACACCUAAAUCGGAGAGGUAAUCAGCAGCUGGGGAAAAUUUUUGUAAAAGAUAUCAGGAUAAGUUUGACUGUUGCAGAGGUAAGUGCACCAUUUUGUUCUACAUCCCUUAGCAGUUUCCCAGCAUUAACCAGUAUUCCUUCUGUUCUGAGUACUCAUUUGGGUAGUAAUCUUGGUGCUUCUGUUUCCAAACCACUCUUUUCAGAUGUUGUGAAACGUUCUUUAGUUUCCAGUGUUCGGGUUUGUAAUUCUAGAGAUUUUUUGUGCCAUGUUUCUUCUUCUAAACCGCUUUAUUCAGAUGUUUUAAAGCAUGAUGCAUGAUUGUUUUACUAGCUCUGUUUUGAAUACUAAUCCCAGUAUUCCGAGUUUAUCAGAUUUUCCACUUCUUGAAUAUUCACUUGGCACUAGUGUAAAUUUUUUGGAUCCACCUCCUAAGCCACUUUACUCAGAUGUUUUAAAACAUGGAUUUUCUAGUAUGAUUUUGGAUAGCAGUUCCAGUGUUUUGGAUGUAUUGGAUUUUCCAGCUCUCGAAUGUACUGUCCACACUACAUCAGGUGUUUUAAAUUCUACUGGAUCUCAACUUCCUGAUACUGCAGCUAUUUCUGAACUUCCUGGAAAUUCAGUGUCUAAUUCUCAACCUGCAGGCUCUUCGGAUUCCAAUUCAUCAUCAUCUCAUCUUGGUAUCAGUUUCAAUUCUUGUACUUCCAUGUCGAAUUUUCCAGUUUUUAAGGGUUCAUUUGUUUGCUCUGAUUCAGAUUUGCAGAAGGCUACUAUAUCUGUAUCUAAAUUUUCUUUUAUGUCGUUAGUCACUUCUCAGCCUACUGGCUUUUGAGGCUCUGUUUCAUCUACUCAGCUUGUCACCAAUUCCAAUACUUGCCCAUCAGUUGUUGGUUCUUGUGCAAAUUUUAAUUCUUACCAUCCAUAUUUUCAUUUUAACAAGUUUUCUAUUCUUAAAAAUUAUUCAGAAUGUUCUAACAUUAAGUUUGGGGGUGCAAAUGAUUCUAAUCAGGGUGAAAGUAAUGUACAGAAAUCUGAAAAUGGGUAUGUUGAAGAAAACUGCAAAGUUAUUACCUCUGUUAACCCAAAUAUAAAGACUAUAAUUUGUCCAUGUUGUAAGAAAGAUUUCUCUUGUAAAGAAACUUUAUCAAGACACAAACGUAACUGUAAAAUUUUAAAUAAGGAUAAUUUAUGUACUACCAUAAAGAAUGAUGAAAUAGAAAAUAAAUAUCCAAGAACGUGCGAGGUAUGCAUGAAGUCAUAUGCUUCAAGACAGUCAUUUUUUAAUCAUAAAAAAAAGGUGUAAAUCUGUGUCUUCUGAAAUUGAUUCAAAAUCAUAUAUUUGUGACAACUGUGAAAUAGACUGUAAAACCCGCAGUAACCUUUUUCAUCAUAAGAAGUUUUGCUGUUCUAAAAAUAAUUUAAAUAUUCGUAAACCGUGUGUUUUUCCUGAUUGCAAGGCAUCCUUCCAGUUUAUUAGUGAUCAUAAUAA